GCGCCGACCGAGGCGAUUUAGUGGCCGACCGCGCAAUCGAAGACAGCACGCCCCUGCGUCGCGCUCAGACAGCACCACCGUCUUCGGAACAACUCUUCUGACUUCAGGUUACGCGACCUAAAUCGAAUGCUUACCAGAUGUUGCUGUUGCAGUUUACGCGCUGGAUCCAUUGUAGUGGGAGUGCUUGCAAUGGUUGUGGCGUUUAUAUUUUUCCCCCUUGGUAUUUAUGUUACUUGGGUAUGGUCUCGAAUAUGCAUUUACGACUUCUUUCGUGAGGACAUCAUGACCGGUUCAACUCGUAGAAUCUGCGCUCCAACUGUCGGCCUGGACAAAGUUUUGUCCAACUUAUUUGCAUUUCUCACCUUCUGGAACGGCUUAGAAAUUUGUACAAGUGCAGGCCUGAUUUGGGGAGCAAGCAAGAGGUCAUCAGGUUGGGUGACAGCUUGGCUAAUGUCUUCAAUGUGCUGGAUUGCAUUGCACACAGCACUUACCAUCUCUUAUCUAUUCUCCGAAAAUGAAAUAGGAUUUAUUGUGCUCACGUCAGUCUUGGGUAUAUUUUUUCUAGAUGAGUCUGUUGGCGUUAUUCACAGUUGGAAGUUUUCACAACGAACUGAGUAAGGAAUUUGCAACUACGAGAGGAUAUGUUUAUCCGCCAACUUAUGUACCACCGCCUCUACCAUAUCCACAAGGAGUGUCGGUGGUUACUUAUGGAGGAUAUCCCUAUGGACAACCACCACCAUCCCAACAACCACCACCUUUUCAACCAUCACCACAGAUGCAAGGUCCAUACAGCACAAAGACUACACCUCCAGGCACAAUGGAAGACUGGGCCACUACCAAAUGAACAUAAGAUUUCUGCUCUGAGGUUAAUUAAUGUGUCAAAUAAUAAUGUACCUUCAAAUACAUUGUUUUGAAAAUGUUCAGCAUUUACUAAGUGCAAAAGGAGCAAAGUGUUUAUUUUUGCAACUAGACCCAUUUCAGGAAAUGUACAUGCCAAAAUAUUCAAUAACUAUUCAGCGUGUUACUUAAAAUUACAAAAAUGAAGAUUACUUUAUGUUACACCAAGAGCCUUGAGGGUGAGAAUGUUGGUGAGAAAAACAUUUAAGUAACAUCAAAUAAAAUUUGCCUCUUUGUCAAUUUCUAUCUCUACCAAAGAAUGUUUAAUUAAAAGCAAUACAUCAUAAAAUCUAAAAUAAGAAUCAUUAACUCAAGUCAUUAUCGCGCCUGUGACUUACGAUCGCAAAUUUUCAC